AUAGCGUCCCUAUUAAUUUUUAACGUUAUUCUUCGCGACGCGUUAUUAAUCUUCCAAUGAAAAUUUCCAUGACGUUAUGGAAUAUUACGAAAAUAGACUUUUAUGAAAUGAUUUAUGACACUCUAUACCAUUUAUCUACCAAUUGGUGACUAAUCACUGCGUGUAUAGAAUGACAUUAACGAUUUAAAAAUAGCCAACAGAUGUGUACUGAUGGGUAUAAAAACCAGAAAACGUGUCAGUCUAUAUCAUUCUAGUUUCGGACUUCGAACGAGAAACAUGUCGAGCUACAGAUGUAAAUUUUCUUUGGGAAACAACCGUUACGUUCAAGUUUGCGAGUGGAAAGGCGAACUUAGGGUGGACUUGAGGGAAUGGAAUCUAGAUAAGCCCUCUAAAAAGGGCAUUAGUUUGACUUUGAUGCGCUGGAAAAACUUUCUAGACCAGCUUGACUCCGUAGAUGAAGCUUUAAAACAGAAAAAAACUUACAAUCGUCACCUGGGUGGUAACGUUAAUUGCAAAGUGGCCGAAAACAGCGUUUGCGUAGAUAUUAGACAACAUUGGAAACCUGCGACAGAGGUAGUGCCCACCAAAAAGGGACUUUGCUUGAGACCCGAAGAAUUCUCUCGCCUAAAAGAACUAUUACCGGAAAUAAAUCGUACUUUAUCAGAAUUGGACGCCGUGGUACCGUGCUAUAUUCAAGUUGAUCAUAUGAACCAGUUAGGAAUGCUGAGCUGCUCUGAGUGUAAUCCUGACAACCUUACUAACUGGUAACUAUUUUAGAAAAUAUGAACACCAAACGUAUACUGAGAGACUGGUCAAUUUUCAUACAAAGAUGUAUAUAUAUCAAUGAAUCACUGAUGACAAAUCGCGUAACCGCUGAAUUAAGGAUUGGACAUUGAGUCAUACAAAUAUUAUUAAUCAUCAGAUAAUUAUACGUAUUGCACAACAAAAAUCAAUUGGGGGGGGGGGGAAACCGUUUUCUAAAAAUAGAACAAUGACUUAUACGUAUCGCACCAUAAUAGAAAAAAUACUUUGUGGACACACUUUGUGAAAUGAAUACCAUCAUUCUAAUCUUUGAACUUUUAUCAACGGCACAUGGAAAUUUACUUUUUUGGUGCGUGUGUGCGUUUCAAAUAGCCGGA